AUGUAUUCUAUUGUGACUAGAAGAAAUACUUUAUUUUUGGCUAACCGUAUUAAUUUACAAAUUGUAAGAUUAGAAACUACAGCGGCAUAUGUAGGUGCGUUAGCUAAUUUAAAGAAAGAUUUAAAAACAGCAAUGUUGGCCAAAGAUAAUAUUCGUAAAACAACUAUUAGAAAUUUAUUAUCUAGUAUCAAAAAUAAAGAAAUUGAUUCAAAAAAAAAAGAUUUCGAUGAAUUUAUGCUAUCUGAUUUGUUUUCUAAAUUGAUUUCUCAAAGAAAGGAUUCUAUUGCUGAAUUUAUUAAGAAUGAUAGAAAAGAAUUAGUAGCCAAGGAAGAGCAAGAAAUGGACAUUAUUAAAGAGUAUUUAACUGCGUUGCCAAUUUCUUCUCCAAAGGAAGUCGAAAAUAAAGUUAGACAAGUAUUACUUAGAAUUAAAGAAUCUGAAGGUGAUAAUACCGUUCAAUUGAAACAAAUAUUUGGGAAACUUGAUUGUAAAAACUUGGCAGUGGAAUGGAAAACUUCUCAAGCUACUAUCAAAAGCGCUAUUUCUAAGUUAUAUAAAGAAAUUUUCUGA